GAUGCUUCCUACGUGGCCGAUUUUGAGUGUUGAUGGUAUUCUCCAGAGCGGAGGGCUGGGGGAGGGACGCCUUAAAGAAACCGUAUCUGUUAAACCGCAUGGGGUUACAGAAGAAAUAAUUUCCGAUCACAGAAAUCGUAACCAAAGAGGUUUAGAAGAUCAGAUUUGCACGAGAUGCAGAGAUCUACUCGAACCCCAAUUACUGAGGAUAUUUAAUCUUAGAGAUGUCAGAUGUGUUUGAUACUAAUAUCUGGCAAAAAGGACACUGCUGGCGGAAGGAAGAAUCGAAUCGAGAGUUCUGCGGAAAAAGCGCGGGCUAAACCCUAGGCUGUUGAGCAGCAGCCACGGGAGCAAGAAUAUGACCGAAGAAGCCAAAAAGCUGGCUGCCUUGGCUGCUAUAAACAAUCACGUGCAGACUGAUCAUGUUGUUGGAAUUGGAAGUGGAUCUACAAUUGUUCAUGCUGUACAAAAAUUAGCUGAGAGGGUCAAAAAAGAGAAUCUCAACAUAGUUUGUAUACCUACCUCUUUUCAGGCACGUCAAUUGAUUCUGCAGAAUGGCUUGACCUUAAGUGAUUUAGACAGACAUCCUGAAUUGAAUGUUGCUAUUGAUGGAGCUGAUGAAGUUGACUCAGACCUCACUCUCAUCAAAGGAGGAGGGGGUUGCCUGACGCAGGAGAAGAUAGUUGCUGGUUGUGCAAAAAGCUUCAUAGUUAUUGCUGAUUACAGAAAAAAGUCUAAAAACCUUGGAGAACAGUGGAAAAAGGGGAUUCCUAUUGAAGUUAUUCCAAUGGCCUAUGUGCCCAUCAUUAAGCUUCUGACCAAUAAAUUUGGAGGUAUUACAGAGUUGAGGAUGGCUGUCAAUAAAGCUGGGCCUGUGGUGACAGACAAUGGGAAUUUUUUAUUGGACUGGAAAUUUGAUAAAGUCCAUAAUUGGAAUGAAAUGAAUAUAGCAAUCAAGAUGAUACCAGGAGUGGUGGAAACAGGUCUCUUCAUCAAUAUGGCAGAGAGGGUUUACUUUGGCAUGGAAGAUGGUUCUGUUAGUGUACAUGAAAAGCCAGUUCACUGAUUUCUUACAAUUAUUCAGUUCUGCUCUGCUAUCUUGUUAUCAUGAUGCCAGCCUGACAACUUGCCUUAAACCAUUCGGUCUGAAUCUCAGUGAAUGGAGUUAAAAGAUCCAGAGAAUGUCAUCUUAAAAUCUAUUUUUUAAUGUAAUUUUUAAAAAGUGAUCAUAAUUUUGAAUGUUUCAAACUUUUUAUUUUUUAUAUAAUUUACAAAAAAGUUACUGUGCAAUAUUGGAAUAUUUUGACAGCAGUGCAUUAUGAGGGGAAGAAAGUAAAUAAAAUAUAUGAUAUGGUUGAAUCCAAAAAACCCAAGGCGUAUUUAUGUGAAAGGGCUGUAUUCAUCUAGAAAUCAUUUUGGUUCUAUAUUUUAUGCCUUUAAAAUGAUUUUAAUCAUUAUUUUUAAUUAGAUAAUGUCUUGUUAUAUUCUUUACAAUGCGACUAAUAUUUCAACAGUUGAUUUUUGUAAUCUAAAUUAAAAUUUAAUUUCUGCCUAAAACUGACUUAACUAUAUUUUGCAUCUCCUUAAUUGUUCACAUGUUGCCAUGAGAAUAUGAAAAACAGAUUGCGUGUCUAGACAUUUCUAGCCAACGUCAUUGACACCAGUCAAUAAUGACUUGAACUUAUUCAUAUCAAUACUGUGGGCAAGCCAAUUUUCAAAUGUUUCUGAAACAGUUUGGAAGAAGUCUUGCCACAAAGAUUGCUAAGGCACUAUGAAUAAUAUAUUUAUUAGCCACAAUUUUAAUGUGAAAAUUCAGUAGUCCAUUAUUUCUAGUAGCAAAAGAUUCCAGUCUGUUGUAAUAGUUAUUUAUGGAUAUAAUUUGGGAUUCAAUUCUUAUUAAGAGCUGAGAAUUGUUAAUCCUUACAUGGUGGUGUAGAUGCUGUAACUAAACUCAGACAAAAUUGGGUAUGUCUAGUUUAACGAAGAUAAGGACGAGGGGGGACAUGAUAGCAGUGUUCCAAUAUCUCAGGGGCUGCCACAAAGAAGAGGGAGUCAAGCUAUUCUCCAAGGCACCUGAAAGCAGG